UGUGUUGGUGUACACUUGAGUGUUAAAUUUAAGAACUGGGUUAUAUGUUUGGUUAUUGAACUAGGUAAUCUGAGACAGGACGUGCUGUGCUGUUUUCCACUGUAUCGUGAUUGGAUUAAUGUUGAGAUAGAACAAUGUUUCUUAAAGGGGACUUCAUGUCGAUAAAUGCAGGUCUCGUGAUGCGCAGUUCAAGAGAAGGGAUGCCGCCUACAAGAUCAUACAAUAGUUAGGCCGGGUGGGGAUGGCUGCCAGCUCCUGCGCGGAGGUAGCGGCGGCGGCGGCGGGUGACGGAGGCGGCAGUCUCGGCGUAGCUGCGGCGGCAGCGGCAUCGUCAGUGCGAAGGUCCAAGUCGCGUCGAGCAUCGUGGGAGAGCGAGCUCCAGUCUCGUCGGGCCGUGGUCGCCCGCAGUUGGUACGGAGGGUACGGCGCGCUCCCGGAGGAAGAGGAGGACGAGGUAGAGGUAGCGAGGAAGUUGGUGAUGCCUAGCCUGAAAAACCUCGUCUCCAUGGCGACGCUGAGUAGAAGAAGAUCUUCGUCGACGACGGCGUUGAACUCCCAGGAGGUGCGGAGUGUCCCGUCGUCUGCCAAGUCGGUGACGGCGAUCCCUCUACUUCGCGAACCCCUGAGGAAGUGCGAGACGGCGGUGACGUUGUCCACCAUGGUACCCCCUGUGAGACCCGUCAACAGACUGAGGAUGUCCAACAUGUGCUCUAGGUGCUCCAGUAUACUGUCUAUGGCCAGUAGCUCCAGAUACUCCAUCAACACCACGGGCUUCGUCAAUGUGAGUGAACGUAGCAAUGUGAUGUGUAAACUCUGUCUCAAUGAGGUUCCUCAACACCUUACGUGGACGCUGCAGCACUGCUCGUGUACCUUCUGUGUAGAGUGUAUGCGAGCCUACGUUGAGUUUGAGAUCGGAGAGGGUGCGUAUGAGAUCUCAUGUCCGGACGCUCUCUGUGAGAAGCAAGGAGUCAUGUCUCUCAACGAGAUAGAACGACUUGUGUCUGAGGAGAACUUCGAGAAACACAAGAGGUUCAGGCUCAACAGAGAGGUAGAGCUAGACAAGAGCAGGACUUGGUGUCCGAGUGCUGGCUGUGAGACUGUGUGUACUGUGUGCUCUACUGCAGAGAGAUGUGUUCCACAGUCAGUCCAUUGUCCUACCUGUGAGACAGACUUCUGCAGUAAUUGUCGAGCCGCCUGGCACCAGGGUGUGCCGUGCCGGCCAGAGGACCUUGCACAGCCAAUACCAGGAAUCACGUUUGACUCUGAGCUGAUCAAGUGCUGUCCGAUGUGUGCCGUGCCGAUAGAGAAAGACGAGGGAUGUGCACAGAUGAUGUGUAAACGCUGUAAACACGUCUUCUGCUGGUACUGCCUCGCUUCCCUAGACGACGACUUCCUAUUGCGGCAUUAUGACAAGGGUCCAUGCAAAAACAAACUAGGACAUUCUAGAGCUAGUGUGAUCUGGCAUCGGACUCAGGUGAUUGGGAUCUUUGCUGGCUUCGGUAUCCUGCUGCUUGUAGCCUCACCCCUGCUCCUGCUGGCAGCUCCAUGCAUCGUCUGCUGCAAGUGUAGGGUGUGUAGUGGAGGCGGCCGACUCGACCCUGAUGAGGAACUGCCGGACGACAACGGCACGUGAAACUCUCCUGAUACUCGAGCAACGGAACUGCUCGAGCAUUAGUAACCAGGUGGUCGCACCCAGAGUCUACAGUACUCAUCGGAGACGCAAAACAUAGGCAAAGAGAAGUUUUGAGGAGAAAGGUGUUGGUAUCGACUGUUCAAUUACUUCAGUAUGAUAAGAUUUUGUAAUUUGGUAGUAGACAUCCCAAUGGACCAGCCAUAGCCAUUUUUUUUUUUAAAGAACAUGUUUGAAUGAGCCACUCAGUGUGCUAAGCUUACUUAUUUUUGUUCCUUGAUUUUUAUCAACAUAGUGUGACAUUAGAGAUGUUUACAAUAAGUUAUCCCGUUAUAGUUUGGCCGCUUAGAAAACGACCUGCGUGCUAAUGCUAAACCAAUGCUGGAGGAGGUCGCUUUCUAAGUGGCCGAACCAUAGUUUGGUUUUGUUAAAAGUUGGCGCAAGUGACUUCUGUUAUUUAUUUACAUUAGAGAAUUCUGUCACUGGCUCAAUUCAACAAAGUUCAUUUUUAUUCUGGAACUGGCUCAGACUUGAGCAUGAGCAUGGAAUGUCCAGUUCUAUGCAUAGUCAAAGGUUUAAGAUAAAUAGUUCAUCAAAUGAUUUGCAACAAGAUCAACCAAGAACAGAUGGUUUUACAUUUUAAAGAGUUUUAGCUUUAUAAAAGACUUUUUACACAGCGUGUUGUCUAAAUUGUAAACAUUUAUUCAUAGAAGUUUUUCUUGUUAUUGUUAAACAUGUUUUGACCUCUUUACCAAGUUACAAUUACCAUUACGAUACAUUCAUUUGCUAAAUUGUUAAUUCAGUUUGUGUAAUACAUAAUGUACCAACAAGUAAUUUAACGUUACCAUUUAUUUGUUGUUGACAGUUUUUAUGAGAAGUUUAUAAAUAACCUUAUAAUUGUUCAAGUUAAGUUUUAACAAAACGUUUUAUUACAUUUUCGCACAAAAUUAUGUUUAACCUUGUUAUGAACACAAUAAUUUGUUUACAAACAAAAUAAUUAAACAGUAGAUAAUGUACUUAACAAUGCCCCUGUUAAUCAUGAGUUGAUUUAAACUUUACUGUUACUUAUGUUAAUGUUGAACCAUACUGCCUUUUAUACCUUUCAAAUGAAUAUGGAAACUAAACUGAUGAUAUUGAGGGUCGAACAAAAUCCAACCAUGAACUGUUGUGAAGAUGAGAUGUUUUUGUUACAAGUGAAAAUGUUUUGGACUCAAGUUAAAAAAUAAGUUGUAUAUACUUUGUACAAAGUGCAAGAAGAUUAAUAGUUUUGUUUAAUUUGUAAAUACUAAAUACAUUAACAUGUAAAUGAAGUCACGUAUUUUAGGAGAAUUAUUUGGCAGGAGGGUUUAGGUUUUUUACAAGUAACAAUUAGCUAUCAGUACAAUAUUUUAAUUGUUUUGCCCAAUAACUUCCUCAUUUACGGUUAAAUUCACAAAAUUAGAAGUAAAUAACUAAGCAGAUAAAAUAAAGUGCUUCCAUUUUUUAAUCAAUAAUCGAGUGGUAAACUAUAAUGCUCCUGCCAAGUUUAACAUACAAUGCUGUAAAUAGUAUAAGUGCAAUUUUAGAAGUUAACGAGAGUUAACAAGGCUGUGAGUGGGUAGAGACUUAAUUUUUUUUUCCGGGUGUCAUGUACUUAACUAGUAGUGUUGCGAUGAUGAUGCACAAAACUGUUGGAUUGCUUUUGGUUUCAACCUUAAAGAUUUUACUUCUGAUUCUUGAAAAAGUAAAAAACAAAAUAUUUAAUGAAUGUUUGUUAUGGAUUAAGUCAUUAACUAAUAGUCAAAGAUUUAGUUCUUUGUAAUACAGAGAAUGUUGUCAUUGUUGUUCUCUAAAUACCAGCAGCUGACACGGGCUCUUGACUAUCACAUCAUUAUUGCUGUGUAGUUUAAAUGCUAUAUAUUUCAUUAAACAGUUUCUAAAUGUUUUCCUGUAGUACUUUUUAUGUUUUUAAAGGGAAUAGGCUACCAAACCUAGGUUGUAACUUUCUAAGGUACAUUGAUUAAUGUUUUUUCUUGACAUAAGGACUCGACAAUGUCAUAAUCUAAAAAAAAGCAAAAAACAGUUCAAGUACUCAAAAUUUCAUCAACGCCAAUAGUAAAAUAUUUAAAUAAUCAGAGCGAUUCACAAACUCCAGAUUUCACCAAGUCCAAUAGCAUAAGUUUUAAAUAGUCAUCGUUUCACAAAUUCCAAUGGUAUUAAUUUAAUAAGCAGAGUGUUUCACGAGCUUCAAAAUCAACUCCAAAAGUACAGUUCCGGCCAGAAGUUGCUGCAGGGGUUGCCACGGUCAGAUUGCAGGUACCGUCCGCCGUGUUUGUGACGUUGCUCUAGGAUUGACUAAGGGGUCAUGGGCUCCAAUCUCUAUACAAUUUAAUGUUGUUGGUUCAAUAAAUUUUAAGUGUUAAAAAGGUGUUAAGACGUUGAGUGUGGGCAAAAUCUAUUAAUGUAGUGCGUCAUGAGCGCUCCUAUCGGCCUACAUCUAUAGAUGCCACUCUCACUACAUUAGUUCAUUAUGAGCUCAGCCAUUGCCAGGGAACGUUAUAAUCAUUGCCAGGCUGUAGCUUAGAAUGCAAGCUUUAAUUUGGUGUAGGUUGGUACUAAAAAUUCCUGUAAAAUCCCAUCUAACAAUGCUUUUGUCCUGGUUUUGGGGAUUUUUUCUAUUCAAGCCAUAUUUCAAAGACACUGGCUAUAGAUCCAGGCAGUGCUGCUACCUUUGGGUAUUUCAUUGAUCUACGCCCACUUUCGGGGUAACGCAGCACAAUCACCACUGCUCUUUUGUGAUUCGUCAGACUGAAAUAUUUGAAUGCCAAUUGCGAUUGCUGAUUUAUUGGCGAGCCGGGGCUUUGCCCGGGCCUCAGCGUCUGUUAAAUUGUUUUCAGCACUCAAUUUGUACGCUAUUGGGAUUCACCUUUUCAAUGGUGAGCUUGGCAUUGUAAACACUUUUAUUUCAAAAAAAUAAUUUGUAAACACUCAUAGUAGAGACUUUGACUUUAGUAUAAAAUAUUGAGGCGUGAAAUCUGGAGUUUGUGAUUUUUAAUAAUUUAGCCUACUAUUAGAGUUGGUAAAAUUUAAAGUUAGUGAACCUCACCCAUCAGUUGUAAUACUGUAGGCCUACUAAAAAUAUUUUGACUUGGCACUAUUCCAAAAUAGGUUCCUAAUUUAAUUUUACUACAAGUUUAACUCAGAAUUAUCAACCUACAUGUUUAGUCGAGUUUGAAGUUUAAAUAUUUCAACAACAAAUAAGAUAGCUAUAGUUUCUACAAGACCUGUAUGUCAAAUGAAAUUGAAAGAAAAGAAAUCUAUUCUUUAUAGUUGAAACUUUGAUAUUUUCAAAAGCAAUCCACCAGUGUUUAGCAAUCAACUCCUAUUGGCUACUAGUGAGUAGAAAUAACCUUUAUUAACUGGAAUACUUUAAAUGUGUACCACUUAACUGGAAAUAAGUUAGCCUAAUUCUUUAGCUCUAGAUUCUUGACACAGUAAAAAAUAUAUUCUUAUUAUCUGGAUUUUCCCAUUAGUGGAAAAAUCUUCCUUUAAGUCGGCCUUUAGGGUUUGGAAUUCUUCCUUUUCAGUUAGGUUUUAAGCUCAGUAGAGUAUGGUAAUAUAAUAAUUAUUGCAGUGGACAUAUUACCUAUCAAUUUUACUUUAAAAUGUGAGGUUUGAGGUUAAUAAUUCCUCCUCUUGUUAAAAUAUCCACCAUAAAAUAAUGUAUUGUUGUUGGCUUCAUUCCCAAUCGUUUCUACUUACAGUAGUUUUUUCUCCUCUGGAUCUGGUUUUAAACUGCUUCCCUCCAGUUUUUUAAGCCCAUCUCUAGCUUGGCUUGAAGGACUAAACCCUAGUCUGCAAUAGUUUUCCAGUGAGUGGUACAGUAAAAAGCUUUCACUUCUAAUUUGUCUCCCCAACUAGAGAUGUACAUAUAAUGCACAUCUUCCCACACUAUAUCGACUGUACAAACUCAAUCAGAAUGUCAAAGAAAGUGUUUAGAUAUCAAUAAAAGCUUAAUACAUUGUAACUUUAAAUUUACUAUUAUCAUAAUAUGAUAUCUUAAACUGUAAUUUCUGUCAUGCUUAUUUUUUCAUCAGGAGCUAUUUAACUUUUUUCAGCUUUUAAUGCAUUUUUACUCCAUUUGAAAAUUUGUGAUAACUAUACUAGUUUUUAGGUGAGGUAGUAUUUUUUAAUAAGAUUUUUUUAAAGCAAUGUCUUAUAUUGUUAGUUGUAAGAAUAUUAUUUCAUCUAUAAGCUUGCUUUCCAAUAAACAUUUAAUAUAUCAAAAUUAAAACUUUUGUUACUUGCGAAUCAGGAGGUUGCUUUAAUGUUAAGCUUUGUACCGCUUUUUUCAAUGUUCAAAUUGGAACUGGUAGAUUAUUUCGUUAAAUUUGUUGAAAACAAGUGAUUUACUGAAAAUAAUCAGUAUAAAACAGAAUUUUUUUAUAUUUACCCAGUAUUAUUAAUGUUUAAUUAAUACCUGUUUUAAAUAAUUUUGGUAUUAAAAAUCCAAUGUUAAAUUAACUUAUUCAAACCUAAGCACAGUUAGAUGUUUUGUGUUGGUUAGUUUUGUACAGUGAUAUGUUGAGUAUAUGUUGCUGUUUUGCUAUACAGAUCAGCGAACAUCCUAAUUCUUAAACUUUGUUAGGCUGAUUUCGAGACAAUGUCUUUGUAAAAAAUGUGAGGUUGUUUUUAUUUUGCAAGUUCAGGUUGUUUUUUUUUCUUUAUUCCAGCAGGUGAUUUUUUUAGUUAACUAAUUUAAAUGCAAUUAUCUGAUUUACAUCAGUUUAUAUUGUUUAAGAGCUUGUUAAGUUUAUAAGCAUUUGUCUAUCUAUUGUUGAAUGUUGACUUAUUAUAAUUAGGAGCAAAAUAAAUUC